ACACACACACACACACACACACACACACACACACAACCAUAGUCACAACCAUAGCCAUUAAAACAUGUGGAGGGGUAUUGCAUAUAAGAAGAAGAGCUCCAGCAUCAUCGCCACAUCAAUCGCUCGUUACAAGACGGAUAGCAAAGGUUCUCGGCAACAUUACCGCUCGGACAACUGGGGAAAGACUCUCAAAAAACGUACGAGAUGAACUAUUACGUUCCGAUCCAGCAAAAUGAAGCGUGCAAUAAACCAACAUUAUCGCAGCUGCGCUAUACUCCACAUAUCUUGGGGAGGAGAUUUGCCUUGACUACCACAGCCUACAAAUACUUGGACAUCGGAAUCAGUGUGGGGUCCAUGUCAUAUGUGGAGAUGAUUCUUGGCAACAACAAGGGCAGCCAAAUAAUUUUACCAUAUACAACAUGGAAAGCAUUCAUCGAGAGACGUGCGGACAUUGAACGACUCGUGCGGUCAACUUUGCCAUCUUCAAGACUUGUAAUUUGCGAUUUAGUAAUAGAAAUAGUAAAAAUACGUGAUGAGAAUAUUGUAAAAUUAACGCUGCUUAAUACCAGUUUAUAUAUGAAACCGUUAACGAUAUUAUUUUUAUAUGAACUCGAACACUGUGCUGAGUAUGUAUAUAACCAGUUGCAUCAAAAAACAUAUAGUGUAAGCGAUAAGUAUAAGCAUUUUGUAAGUCUUUUACGCCAAAAUUAUAUUACUACUAAGCACGAUGCUGUAAAGCUAUUAAAUGAAAGAUACGAUAAAACUUGUAUCAUAGAUUGCGAACUGAUGACCUAUGGCGUGAAUAAUAUUUUAUAUGAUGCUUUGUGUAAUAAUUAAAUGAAUAUGUAUUUGUGUGAAAAUUUAAGAAAUUUAUA